CUUUCCUUUCCUUCUCCUCUCUAGAGUCCACGUUUGGGGAACUGCAAAAUGUCUUUUCCGCCUGUAUAUAUCGUCUCGGCCGUCCGCACGCCCACGGGCAUGUUCCUGGGCUCCCUCUCGAGUCUGACUGCUAUCCAACUUGGCUCUCAUGUCAUCAAGGCCGCCGUCGAGCGUGCCGGUCUCAAACCGGAGGAUGUCCAGGAAGUCUUCAUGGGCAAUGUGCUCUCGGCAAAUCUCGGCCAGAAUCCCGCUCGCCAAUGUGCCAUCGGCGGUGGCCUCCCCGACACCACCGUUUGUACAACCGUGAACAAAGUCUGCGCAUCCUCGAUCAAAGCCCUCAUCAUCGGCGCCCAAACCAUCAUCACCGGAAAUGCAGACAUCGUGGUUGCAGGGGGGACGGAGAGCAUGUCUAAUACCCCGCACUACCUCCCCAACAUGAGGACUGGUGCCAAGUUUGGAGAUCAGUCCUUGGUUGACGGUCUGCUCAAGGACGGCUUGACCGACGCAUACAAGAAGGAGCACAUGGGUCUGCAGGGAGAAGAGUGUGCAGAUGACCAUGGCUUCAACCGCGAGCAGCAGGACGAAUACUGCAUCCGCUCGUACAAGAAGGCCAUCGCUGCUGAGGAAUCUGGCUGGUUCAAGGAGGAGAUCGCUCCUAUCCAGGUGUCUGCUGGCCGCGGGAAGCCCCCAGUCACCAUUGACAGGGACGAUGAGCCUAAGAAUUUCAACGAGUCCAAGACGCGCAGCCUCCGACCUUCCUUCAAACCCAAAGACGGCACUGUGACAGCCGCCAACGCCUCUCCUCUAUCCGACGGCGCCGCCGCCCUCGUCCUCGUCUCCGAAUCCGCCCUGAAAGCUCACAACCUCAAGCCCAUCGCUAAAAUUCUCGGCUGGGGAGAUGCUGAGCAGAACCCCUCUAAAUUCACCACCACCCCAGCGCUAGCUAUCCCUAAGGCUCUGAAGCAUGCAAAGGUCGAGCUGAGCGCAGUCGAUGCAUUCGAGAUCAACGAGGCUUUCAGCGUGGUCGCGCUCGCGAAUAUGAAGCUGCUUGGUGUUGUGGAAGACAAAGUGAAUAUGCAUGGCGGCGCGGUCGCGCUCGGCCAUCCACUGGGUGCCUCAGGCGCGAGGAUAACAACGACCCUUUUGGGGGUUUUGAGGGAAAAGAAGGGAAAGAUUGGCUGCGCGGGUAUUUGUAACGGUGGUGGCGGCGCCUCCGCCCUCGUAAUUGAGUCGUUGCAGUAAGGACCAAGAAUGCCCGAACAAGACGACGUGACGGAUAUAAUAGAUGAAAGGGGCAUCACACAUAGGUCUUAGUAGGCGAUAAUUGACACACUGCAGUUCAGCACAGCGCGCUCAACAGGCAGCAAAAUGCGCUCAAAGGCAAUCUGUUCGUCUUGUUCGCUCUCUGUCACGCCUUGCGUUCUUGACAUUACCUAGCCAGAAGCGCUUUUAGCAUCUUCAACCACAAUGAAUUUCUUCAGGCGAAUAGACCGAUCAGGCGGAAGAAAAAU